AUGACAACUACCUCGUCAUCUAAAAAACAAGUUCAAGAUCAGCCUGAAACCAGCGAACCCACUUUGAAAUCGCUGAGGACAAAGAUGAGUAAAUCCGACGAAAAGAAGAAGCUUAAAGACAUUGAGAUAAGUGUUCCACUUGUCUAUGGUAAUGUUGCAUUCUGGCUUGGCAAGAAGGCUAGCGAGUAUCAAUCUCACAAAUGGGCUGUAUAUGUGCGUGGGGCAACAAAUGAAGAUAUUAGUGUUGUAGUAAAGAAAGUGGUUUUUCAGCUUCAUUCUAGUUUCAAUAAUCCGACCAGAGUUAUCGAGGAACCGCCAUUUGAGGUAUCGGAAUCUGGUUGGGGAGAAUUCGAGAUUGCAAUGACAUUGCAUUUCCAUAGUGAUGUCUGUGACAAACCAUUGAGUUUAUAUCAUCAUUUAAAGUUAUACCCCGAGGAUGAAUCAGGUCCUUUGACAAUGAAGAAGCCUGUGGUUGUUGAAUCUUACGAUGAGAUUGUAUUUCCUGACCCUUCAGAGAGUUUUUUAGCGAGGGUUCAGAAUCACCCGGCUUUGACGUUCCCGAGAUUACCCUCUGGCUACAAUUUGCCUGCUCCUAUGCAAGUUGAAGAUAGUGGAAAAAAGAAGAGAGGUGAUACGAAAGAUCAUAGUUUGGGACAAUGGUUUACGAGCUUCUCUGAAGCAGAUGAGUUAUUACAGCUCGCGGCUGCUCGUCAACAGGUUCAAGCGCAUAUUGCGAAACUCAGGCGACAAAUAAGUUUGCUAGAGGGACAGAAUCAGACUAUUAAAACAGGGUCUGAGCUGUGA